AUGUCCAAUCAAAUACUGGCACAGAUCACUCCAACACCUAUUGUGGUGCCACAGACUUUACAAUCGUUCCAACAAUCCAAUUUGAACCCAUAUCAACAAUUGAAUCAAAAUUACUAUGCACAUCCAGGAAAUAAUUAUCAAGGUAGUGAUUUAAUGACACAUUUACAACUAAAUAUUAAAGCUGGUGUUAAUUUGGAAUGGUGUUCAAGAACCAUUUUACAAUUUAGUAAUUCUGCUCCAUAUCUGAUUAAACAUCAAUGGGUUUUAGAUUAUUUACUUAAUGAUUUAUAUGAUAAUUUUAAUAAAACAAGUGCUUUAAGUUUAAGAAAUUUAUCACAAGAUGGUGAUUUUACUCAAUUAUUAGCAUUAGAUUCAAGAACCAAAAAGAUACUUUAUGAAGUUUUAAGUCAAUUUAAAUCAGACGCUCCAAAUAAUGAUUAUAUUUUCAAUAGAGGAAAUAAAUUUCAAAAUUUAGAUAAUGAAUUAUUAAGUUAUACUAUUGAUAUUGUGGAAAGUUUAUCUUCAUAUAUUGCACCUGCACCAAAAGAUGAUGAUUUAUUUUUAACUUUAAUUGAAAUUUUCCAAUAUAGUCAUGAAAGAUCAUUAUUAAUUUCAAUAAUGAGAUCAUUUGCAAGAUUUCUUGUACGCUCAGAAUUAACUUUAGAAAAUUGUUCAAAUAAUUUAACUUCACCAAUUUUAGAUAAAAUUGUUUCAUUCUUGUUAACAAAUGAUUAUGAUUUAAUUUUAACUUCAUUAGAUUUUCUUUAUCAAUUUUCUCUACCCGGGAACCUGAGAAUUAAUACAUUAUUGAAAAAUUCUACAAGACAAGAAAUUUUAAAAUUAAAAUUACCUUAUUUAUUAACUUUCCAAUUAAAUAUCUUGGGUAAUCCAAAUGAUUUUAAAAAUUUACCAACUUUAAGAUUAAUUAAAAGAACAAAACCACCAAUUCCAAUUAAUCCACCAAUUUUAUCACCUGAACAUUAUCAAAAAAUAAUAAAUUUACAAGAACCUUCAAGAGCAACUGCAUGGAUGAGAUGUUCAUAUAAAUCUGUUAAUGAUGGUGAAGUUACACAAAUUUCUUUAUGGAAAGCUUAUGAAAAACAAUUUGAAAAAGAAACUCAACAAAAUAAAAAAAAAUUAUUACCUGCUGUUGAUUUUAUUAAAAAUGUUUCAAAUGCUUUCCCAAAUUCAAGUGCAAUGGUUAUAAAUUUAUCAAAUGGUCAAAGAAAAUUUAUUAUAAAAGGUAUUGAACCAAGAUAUAAAUCUGUUGAUAUUUCAACUGGUCAAUUAGAAGCUUUAAAUACAGUUCAAACAUCAUCUAAAAUUGAUCAGUCAUCAAUGAUUUAUGAUUCAAAUUCUGAUGUUAAACAAGAACCUUUACCAAUUUAUCAUUCUCCUUUACAAUUAAAUGAUGUUAAUAAAAGUUCAUCAUUAUUAUUAACUUCUUUAACAAAUAAUUCAAUUGGUAAAGAAUUAUUUAAACCAAUUGAAGAGGAAAUUUUUAAAAAAAUUGAAGCUGUUCCAUUAUUAGCUGAUGAAUUAAUUGAUUUAUUAAAAUAUCUACAAUAA